AUGUCUGCUCGCCAGGAUAUGUGGGACACGUUAUCGCUGUGUGCACCAUCGUAUGUCUGCAUGUCUGCUCGCCAGGAUUGGGAGGUCGGCCGUACAACUCUGGGUGCAGCGACCGUACAAACAGUGACCACUAGCCUCUGUUUGUUUGACCUAAUCCGCCAUCCUGAUCAUGAUCGAACCGGCGACCUGGGAGGUGCGACCGUACAAACAGUGACCAAUCAUUAA